GCGACCCUACUACAUCCGGCUAUUCGAUCCUCCGUUUUGUAUAGACUUUCUCCCGUAUACGAACCCCUGCGAGAUAAUUACCAGGAUUCUCCACGAAUGCGGCCAUCUGAAGAUAUAUCCUCCAUCAGGUUCGCGCCCCCACAACACUCUUCACUUCCUGCUACUAUCGCCAAAACACCUCCGCAGUCGUCAUCGUGGCUACGUCAAUUGACAUUCAGGGUUAUUAUCAACCCACCGUGGAGUACUUUUACACCACAAACUAUUACAACCCACCCACAAAUAUAUCCGCUGUGACGACUCCAGAUCUGACAUACGCGAGCGACCACACAAAUCAAUUGCCUCGAGGGCGCAGCGCGAGCACAGUCUCGAGCUUUGCUCUUCCAGCUGCGCCAAACCCGGUUCCGGUUCGGGGAGGAGGCCACAAAAACCGGAAAACGUCAUCUGCCGGCGUAAAAAAGAGCUCGGUUUCACAUAAUCGUCGUCAGUCGGGUGCGAUGGCAGACAACGACCGUGGAGGCGCAGCUUCUGCUCCGGGCGGCGAUGCGCAGGCUUCUAAGAAACCGAAGCGUGUACGGACAGGCUGUCUGACGUGCAGAGAACGACAUCUGAAGUGUGACGAAGGAUUGCCUAAUUGUCAAAACUGCACAAAGUCGAAUCGAACUUGCAAGCGCGGUGUACGCCUGAACUUUAUCGACACGAAAUGCGAGGCGAUUCCAAUCAUUCCACAAGCGCAGGACUGGACUGUCCAAUUCCUUGACGAGUCCCGGGACAUCGCGUCUGAGUAUAAAGGCGGGCUCAGCAAGUAUAGCUUGCCAGAGACAGAGCCUGUCACUGCCCUCACUCAUGAUGCUCCAUUCGACUUUUCCACGAACAAUACACUACCCGCUCCCACAGUCGCACAUCAACCUUUACCACCAAUCCAAGGCAUCCUUCCUGAGCCUUAUCAGGAAGAUCAGUCUCAGCAGUUAAGUUGGGAACAGCCGAGGCACCCUCAGCAUCACCCUGCGCCCUCAAACACGGAAUCGACUUACUCACAUACCCCCCUUACAAACCUACCACAGUCUGCCUACAGCGUCGCCGAUCGAACAGUUGCCCCAGCUGAUGAAACUAGAGACUACCUCACGUCGCAAGACGAAGUUCUGUAUAUGCAAGUCUUUGUCGAAGAAGUGGGCCUGUGGAUGGACAGCAUGGAUCCGCAAAAACAUUUCUCGCGGCUGUUGCCUUUUCACUCAUUACAUGAGCCGAUGUUACUCAAUGCGUUCCUUGCAUGUGGUGCACGACAUCUGACACUUGUCAACGCAAAGUACAGUGAAGACAAAGCGCUGCAUUUCUACGAUACCGCAACGAGAUAUCUACUUAAUUCGCUCCAAAAUCCAAACCGCAACACCAUCAUCUGUGCCACCACAGCCGUCAUCCUGAACGUCUAUGAGAUCAUGUGCGAGAAGGCUCUCCAGCGUAUGAACCACAUUGCCGGUGCCCGUGCUUUGAUCAAAGAGUGCGGAUGGAACGCAAAGUCAACUGGUGUUGGCGCUGCGUGCUUCUGGCUGAACGUUGGCAUGGAGCUGCUCAGUUGUUUGCACUUUAAUUGGCAGGUCGCAUGGGAUCCAGAUGACUGGGGUGUCGAUAUGGACUUCCACCGGGAGACCGAACCUGGUCGCGAGGAGAUCUGGACACAUCGUAUUGUGUAUAUUGUUGCCAAGAUCUGUAACUUUCGCUCCUCGAUCCCCAGAUACCAGGACUCCUCUCCGCAUAACGAACAGAUGCGUUUGCAGAGCAGGUACAGUGAAUGGAGGAAGCUAAAGGAUUGGUGUGAUGCUUGGAACGACAACAUUCCAAGAACCAUGCAUCCAAUGGCUUAUCUCCAUCCUGGGCAGACGAUAUCCCAAUCGGCCUUUCCCGAAGUCUGGCUGAUCAAGCGCGCCACAAUCGUUGCUCGAUUGUUCUACCAUACAGCCAUGGUGUUGAUGGCCCAGAUCAACCCACUGAUGCCGGUUGAAUCCAACGAGAUGCACGAAUUACAAAAUCGGCAUUCACAACAAGUCUGCGGCAUAGUUGCUCACGUCAAGGACAGGGGUGUCGCCAGCGUCGCUCUUCGCUCUCUUGCCAUUGCCGCCGAGUGCCUUACGACUCGUCAAGAGCAGGAGGAGGUCCUGCAGAUUUUCACCAAGAUUCGUAAGGAAACCGGCUGGAACGUUGGAUUCGUGUACAAAGAGCUCAAGGAGAAGUGGGGUUGGAACGCGGAGACGUCGCCAUCCCAAGCCCAGCCCCCUCGGCAGACACCUCCAACUCAUCACACACAGCCAUCACCACAUCUCACCAUGCCAAUAUCAUAUCCAUCGUCGAGCACAGGUCCAGUGUUGACACUUCAGCCUUCGACCUCGAUGUCUUCCGCUCCAAAUCAAACACGUCGCCGUCCUCAGCCGGGCAUUCUCAAUCCAAUCUUAUCACACGCCGAUUUCACCAUGCCGCACCAUCCCUACCAAAGCCAUUACGUGGCACCAAACCCACUUUUGAAUUCAUCUCAGUCUCAACAAUUUUUUUGAUCUCUUACUCAUAGCGAUACGGUUGGAGAUUCCUGGCAUGUUCGCAUACGACGGCGUUUUUAUCGGCCUGAACGAGUACGAUAGCUUGGCAGGCUACGGAAAAGAUCAAUACUGUAAUGACUGGUCAUAUUGGGAGCCUGCAGGUACAUGUUCAUCAGUUUCAUUGCUACGUUUUCUUUUUUCUUUUUUUUUCAUUCAGCUCGGCUCAGAGUUCGUUGUAGACUUUCAUUGGCUGUCUAGAUCUCUUUCGUGCUACGAUUUUUUUUAAACAGAAAUACUU